AUGACUUUAGGGGAGGAACUUGGGAAAAAAUGGCUUGACGUGCUGGCGGAAGAUUUUGAAGACACGAUGCCAACCUUUAUCGACAGUGACGAGGAAGAAGAAGAAGAGACGUGGAACGAAUGGCAAGAAGACAACACGGAAGAAACAGGAGAAACCGUAAUUUGUUUGUUCUGCGAUUCGUGCUUUGAAGAAGGCAACAGUCUUCUAAGCCAUUUAAAGGAAACGCAUCACUUCGAUUUGCGACAAGUCAUCAAAGAUAACAAAAUGGGGUUCUAUGACCGAGUCAAGUUCAUUAAUUUCGUGAGAAAAAUGUCUCAUAACUGCGUGUGCUUCUCGUGUGGGAAAGACGAUUUGCAUUCGUGGGUAGCUCUGCGAAAACAUCUGUCUGAGAGCGACGCGCAUCACUUUGCAAAGAUUCCCGAUCGUUCGCAGUGGGACAAAGAAGAGUUUCUGGUGCCAACGUACGAGAACGACAAUCUGUUGUGUUUCUUGGACGACAUGGAGGAACAUCGGGGCGAUAGCUCCAGCGGUAAGAAUAACGCGUGGCAGGAGAAGAGUAACGAACCAGAGACAGUUGCCGUGGCCAAUGUCAUUUCCGAAGAUCCGCCGGAUCUCAGUAACAGUUUGCUCAAAGAUCCCGCCGUACUGGAAGAGCUGCAGUAA